AUGCAAGCCUCUCAGAAACAUGGAAUUUCAGGUAGGUCUGGCAGUUUCUACAGCCAGCCUGUGCCACAGGAUGAGUCUUGUCAGUGGCCUAUCCUUAAUAUAGAGCACCACUCAUGCUCUGAUGAUGGCAGCCAAGGGAUGCACUUCUCUGGCCCGACCUAUUGUGAGCAAUACGGCACCCAUGAAUCAUCCUCAGCAACUGGUAGUUUCCCCAUCUACAAUUCUCCAUCUACUGUGAGUUUCUCUCCUGAGGGCAGCCCUGCGUCGCAGCAGGAUUCUCAAACAUACCCAUCAGACCAGCUUCAUUCCCCUGAGAAUGGACAUGGCUCUCCAAUAAGCGGAUCCUGUCUGACAGAUGAUGUCAAUGAGCUGAGACACAAGCUCAGGGAAUUGGAAACUGCUAUGCUGGGGCCUGAUUCAGACAUUCUUGAUGUGCACGAAGUCAUUCCACGUGAACUCAACAAAAUUUCAUUGGAGAGGGAGAAGUGGAAACAGAUGAUGGAGGUGAUCUCCAGAGGAGACUUGAAGGAAGUCCUUGUUAGUUGUGCAAAAGCAGUAGCAGACAAUGAUAUAUUGAGGGCUGAAUGGGGGAUUUCGGAGCUACGUCAGAUGGUAUCGGUUUCUGGUGAGCCAAUUCAGCGGUUAGGAGCUUACAUGUUGGAAGGACUAGUUGCAAGGUUGGCUGCUUCAGGAAGCUCCAUCUAUAAAGCUCUAAGGUGCAAAGAGCCGGCAAGUGCUGAACUCCUCUCAUACAUGCACUUGCUCUUUGAAAUCUGCCCAUACUUCAAGUUUGGGCAUAUGUCUGGAAAUGGGGCUAUUGCCGAAGCAAUGAAGGAUGAAAGCAAAGUCCAUAUAAUUGAUUUUCAGAUUUCACAGGGCGUCCAGUGGAUCACCCUAAUCCAGGCUCUUGCGGCUCGGCCUGGUGGACCACCACAGAUCCGUAUCACAGGUAUUGACGAUUCUACAUCAGCUUAUGCCAGAGGGGGAGGACCCAGUAUUGUGGGACAGAGGCUAUCUAGGUUUGCUGAGUCAUGUAAAGUACCAUUCGAGUUCCAUGCUGCUACCAUUUCUGGUUGUGAGGUUCAGCUCGAAGAUCUUGAGCUUCGACCAGGAGAAGCACUGGCUGUGAAUUUUGCAUUCAUACUGCACCACAUGCCUGAUGAGAGUGUUGACACUCAGAAUCAUCGUGACAGACUGUUGAGGCUGGUUAAAAGCUUGUCCCCCAAGGUGGUGACUCUUGUUGAGCAAGAAUCCAACACCAAUACUGCUCCAUUCCUUUCCCGAUUCAUUGAGGCCAUGAACUAUUAUUUAGCUGUUUUUGAGUCAAUUGAUGUAACUUUGCCAAGGGAUCACAAGGAGCGGAUCAAUGCUGAGCAGCACUGUCUGGCCCGAGAAAUUGUCAACAUAAUAGCAUGUGAGGGGGCUGAGAGAGUGGAACGACAUGAACUUCUGGGGAAGUGGAAGUCACGAUUUCUUAUGGCUGGUUUUACUCCCCACCCGCUAAGCUCCUAUGUGAAUGCCACCAUCAAGACUCUGCUGCAGAAUUACAGUGACAAGUAUUCACUUGAAGAGAAAGAUGGAGCUCUCUAUCUUGGCUGGAUGGACCGAGCUCUAGUUGCUGCUUGUGCAUGGAGUUGAAAACGCACCAACCUUUACACAUGUUUCCUAGAUCUUAUAGUUUAGAACUGUUGGAUUUUGUACCAUGCAUUUAGUCUUAAAACUUUGUUCAGAAACAUCAGCCACCGUUAUAACUUAUGAGCCUUUGAGAGUUAUAUUGAUUAA